AUGCAAGACUCUAUGAGCAAAAUACCAGACAUUCCAAGCUGGAACGACAUCAAGUACGAGUCCUCCGAUAAGGCGGGUUUCCCUUCGUACGAAAAUACCAAGACAAAGAAGAGCACUCAAAUGCGGGCGUCAAAAGUCUGUGUGUAUUGUCAUGAUCGUAAAGUUAGAUGCAACGUUUCCGUGAAGCCAGAAGGCCAGCCUUGCACGAACUGUAACGAGUCGGGCACUGAGUGUGUCAUCUACAAGCGCAAGAAGCGUGUAUGCAGAAAGAAAUCUGAUCUGCUUCAUCCCGACAAGUUCUGGCUCUACUCCGGAUUUGAGCAAGAUUUGCCAGAAUUUGUUGAACCGAGUUUACAAAAGGAGUCACUUCAUGUCAACACCAUUAAGUUGGACCCAAACGUGGUUCUGAAGAAGAAUUUUGGGUCCCUGUUGAGAAUAGAACACUCUCUUUUCAACAGUAAUUUCAGUUGUAUCAACGAUAUAGUUGAAGACUUGAUUUUGGAUAGCGAAGCGCAAGGACGCAAUCGUUCUUACCGUCUUGACGAGUACGACUUCCAAAUGCUCAACAUGUAUGGAUGUUUCAACCUACCAGAUGAAAGAACGUGUUGGACGUUCAUCAACAAUUUCUUCUUGAUCCUCAACCCGCAACUGCCAAUCAUCGACAAAAACCAAUUUUACGAGGAUUACAAAGACCUUCGUAACCCUCCUUCCUUGCUAUUGUUAUAUUCUGUUCUUUAUGUCGGAGCCAGACAUAGCGACACAGUCAACACAUCGAAAGAGGAGUUACUGUAUCUGGACAAAAUCUGUCGGGUCAUGUUCAAGAGAGCAAAAGUUUUGUAUGAUCUGUCCAUUGAAACAGAACCCAUACCUUUGAUCCAGUCAUUGUUGUGUCUGAUCUGGAACUACGAGAAUUCGUCACUUCUUUGCAAGAAUGACUAUUACUGGACUAAUCUGGCUAUCCAGAGUGCUUUGAGACUUGGAUUUCACAAAGACAACGAUCUUAACCCCACUUUGAGUCCGUACGAGAAACUAAUGUACAAGAGAUUGUUCUGGUGCCUGCACAUCAAGGACAAGCUUGUUGGCUUGGGUUUUGCUACACCGUUCAUGAUCGAUCUGGAUGACUGCGACGUCAGUAUGCUUCAGGAAUCCGAUUUGAAGGAUACUGAUUUGUCAGAAGCCGAGGCGUCUUAUUUCAUUAGCUUCAUACGGUUUGCAAACCUUGUUGAUGACGUUGUUAAAGAGCAAGCCAAAAUGAAUAAACUCACCAGAUCAGAAGACUUGGUCCAGUCGAUCAAGCAGUGCGACCAGAUGCUCAUAUCCUGGCUCGAAGAGGUGCCAUAUUAUCUUAAGUUCAGGCUGGAUGAUCCGUCAACACACUCGUUCCUCAGUGGACUGCUAACGUCACAGUAUUAUACCCUACUCAUUCUCACCCAUAAGGCCAAUAUCCAAAGAGGAUUAGGCGACCAAUACCCGUCGUGGGCCAUUUCGUUUCAGGCUGCUCAAAUGGUGAAGCUAAUUGCAGAUUCGAUGAUCGAGCACGGAUUCUUGAUCCAUGUUGCUUUGAUCUCUCACAAUACACUUUAUGCUUCUACCAUCAUCAUGCUAUACCAUCUGAUGAACGAGGACAAACAAGUUGCCAGAAUAGCAGAGCAGUUUUUUCUCAACAUUCUUAAGAUUUGGGAGAUCUCGUCAGUCAAAUGGCCGUCCUGUUAUCCGAUGUGGUUCAUUUUCAACAGACUGUACAGCGACGACGCUAAGAAGCGCGAGUUGUUGAAUUCUCUGGUUGGAGAGCAGCAGUCAAAGAACACAAUGAUCGUCAACUCAAACGGGAUAAUGCUACCUUUACCAAACUAUCAUACGAUAUAUUCAGGCCCAAACCUCCCAAACCAUACACAACAGAACGUCAAAAUGAACAUACCAAGUGCACAAGGAUACACAGAACCAUACGGACAUUCAACAGCCCACAGCUCAAAAAUUCCUCUCACACCAGAUAAAGACCUAGACAAGCUCUUUACCAAUAACGUGUUUUCACAGUCAAAGACGCUUCUUCCAAAAUUGAACCUAGCCAUAGGUUCACAGCUCAAACGCCCACAAUCACCUUCGAAUAAACAGGAACCUGUGCAGUCAAGUGCAACCACGUCGUCCGACAUCCCUGUCAGUCUCUGGCUCAUGAACGCAUCAUGGCAGCCAAACUUCACUGGCAGAGAAAGUAGCAGCAAUGCUAAAACCCCAGCAACAACAUUCACGAAAAACCCUACCAAAACUGAGCAUAAUCGCCAUGACCAUAAUACGGUACAAUUGGCACCUCCCAAUUAUGACCCAAGUUCUAUCCACAUAUAUCAUAACCACGAACCCAAUCUCAUGGACCACAUAGCCCAAGGUCAGAACCCAAGACUCCGAAAUGACUAUGCUAAUCCUGCUAUUCAAGCAAAAUCUUUAAUCCGAAGGAAGUCUUUCGUAAAGCUCAAGGGUUCUUUUGUUGCGGAAAAAGAAGAACACCCACAUCAUAUUCGCGGACAAGAACAGCAGCAAUUCAUAGAAUGGGAAGUAAACCAAUCCAGCACCAUCACCACCUGCUGUGUUGUCCGCAAUGAGGCCCAUGAUGUAGGGCAUAACGGUGGCCCCCAUAGCACCCAAACCACAAAUGAUGGCCACACCUGCAGUAGAAAGUCUUUUUGGAAGGGUCUUCAUGGAAAUCACCACGGUCACAGAGAACAUAGGACCAACAAAGAAUCCGACAAAGCAAAUAGACGUGAUCAUGAUGAGCGGGAUGUGAUUGAACAACCAGAAGACGCAAACACCAAUCGUGACCAAGGUACAAUAUAUUAUCAUACCUUUUGUUUCAAAGUCAUCAAACAGAUGACCGGUAACGAGACCAAGAACCAACCGACCGGCGGUCAAAAAGAUCCAGUACGCACUUGUGACGUAGGAAGAAGAGCUGUCAGUGAAUUCAUGGAUUCUCAGUAG